AUGUCUUUUUCAAAAUUAUCUCUUGCUUUUUCGCUCGUUGCCUUCCUUCCCUUCGUUUUCGCGACAGAACCAGAACAUGUCAAUGGAUUUCUACCUGUGUGGUACGAAGAUUUCUCGGAGAAAUCCAUCGAUACAAACAAAUGGAACAUCUAUACCGGCGAUUCGUAUAACAACGAAGAACAAAAAUAUAUCAACUCCCCCUCCACAUGCACAAUUACCGACAGAGGAACUUUUCUCAUCGAACCAGUCAAAGAUUCCGCCGGUAAAUGGACAUCGUGCAAAAUCAACACCGUAGACUCAUUCAAGGCCGAACCAGGUGAACAGAUCAUUGUUCAGGCUCGCUUCAAGCUUGGCACGCCUGGGUCAAAUCUUCAAGGAAUAUGGCCAGCAUUUUGGAGUCUAGGACAAGUUAUGCGAGAGGGUACCCAAUGGCCUGAAUGCGGAGAGAUAGACACAUUCGAAAAUGUCAACGGCUCACCUCUCGGCACAGGGACUAUCCAUUGCGGUCCCGCCUGUCAUGAUCCUUCUGGACUGGGUGCCGGAAUCACAUUUGACUACGGAACUUUUCAUACAUGGGCUCACGCCAUUGACCUGAGAAGCGACGACUGGAAACAACAGAGCAUCAUCUGGUACAUGGACGGCCAACCAUACCACAAGAAGAAAGGCGCCGACAUCGGCGACGAGGCGAGUUGGAAAGCACUCGCUCAAAAAGCCAUGUACAUGACCCUCAACGUCUCGGUUGGAGGGACAUUACCCGGCGCCAGUGCUCCAACUACCGCCACCGGGGCGGACGCUGGAAUGGAAAUUCAAUACGUCGCGGUUUACAAGUCCUGUGAUUGCUUGGGAUGA